AAGAUGGCGACGAUAGUAUCGAUAGUAACGGUCGAUACCAAUCGAUAGGGCGCUCCCCCUUCCGAUUGGCGGGGGAACUGCAGUUCGGAAAAGACGCGCAAUUUCCUGACGCCCUUGACCAAUGAAAGGAUUGCAUAUCCACCUGCACGAGAGCACAGUUAACGACUGCAUCUGCAGGUGCAUAACCUUGCAGCUGGCCGCAGUGCCGCCAACAAUCGGGCUGAGAAGAUGAGCGGCGAAGUGCAUCUUGGAAGGAGAGUUCGAGACAGAAUCGGAGCGGUCCGGAGGGCUCGUUAAUGGCGGCGUGCCGCCAAUUGCUCGAUGCGUCUCUCGCCGAGGAAAUGUUGAAAUUUCGCGAGAGCGGCCUGCAGAGGAUCGUAAGCAAAGCCUUGACGCUCGCCGAGGGAUAGGAUUGUCAUUGGCCAGCCGCGAUUCGCCGUAAGUUUCUGUCAGGAAAGCCGCGAAACCUAAUGACGACGUUGACGGGAGAGUGAGGGACCCGUGAGUGCAAGGAAGAUCGCGCGCUUCUCCAGGGCACCCGCGAGGGGGUCAUCACCUGGCGGUAUGGCGGGCUUCCGCGAAGAGGACAAGGCGCUUUUCCCGAUCCAGAGCAUCUCCGCGAUCGUCCGCAUCUUCCAGAAUCAGCUCGAGAACAACGCGGAGCCCGACCUGGCGCUGCUCUCGAUCUUGGUAGGCGCCGUUGAAAAUUCCCUAACCUGCAAUCGGGCCUUCGCUUCGCAAGAGAACACCGUCUACGACGAGCCCAAAUUGCCAGCGGUCGAAUACCACAUCGCCGAGGCUCUCUACACUAAGUUCCAUGCCGUCAUUAAAGGUGCAGUCGACCUCACGGUCUACGACACCAAAUAUGCCACCAGAGAACUCGUUAAAAAGGUGUCCGACGUCAUAUGGAAUUCCCUUACGAGGAGCUACUACAAAGAUCGGGCUCAUCUUCAGAGCCUGUACAGUUACCUCACCGCUAAUAAGCUUGAUUGCUUCGGCGUAGCAUUUGCUGUCGUAGCCGGCUGUCAAGUCCUUGGAUUCAAGGACGUACAUCUGGCUAUGUCCGAAGACCACGCUUGGGUCGUAUACGGGGAAAACGGUACCGAGACUGCCGAGGUCACUUGGCACGGAAAAGGUAACGAAGACAAACGGGGUCAGCCCGUGGAACCUGGCGUAGCAUCUCGAUCAUGGUUGUAUGUUAACGGUCAGGCAGUCGUAUGCUCUCGAGCGAUGGAAGUCGCUACGAUAGUCUCUGCCAUAAAUCCUAGUCUUAGUGCGACUGCAGAUGCAGCCGAGGUGGCACUGCUUCAACAAGAAUUAUUAUGGCUUCUCUACGAUCUCGGACACCUUGCAAAGUAUCCAAUGGCUUUAGGAAACCUGGGUGAUUUGGAGGAAGCGGCACCCACUCCUGGCAGACCACCGGCCAUUGACUUGUUUCAGGAAGCGGUUCGGUCCGCGAGAAAAUAUUACGGAAAUGCACAUGUUUAUCCAUACACCUAUCAAGGAGGAUAUCUUUAUCGACAUGGACUGCAUGCUAAUGCAUUGGCAUCUUGGGCGGAUGCAGCAGACGUCCUGAGGAAAUACGAUUACUCUCGGGACGACGGCGAGAUUUACAAGGAAUUACUGGAGAUCGCCAACGAAUUGAUACCGCACACGGUGAGGGCGGACGAGCGUUUGUUACGUCAGCCCCGUUGCUUCGCGUAUCUCUUACGUUUUUACGACGGGAUCUGCCAGUGGGAAGAAGGGGCAAACACUCCAGUCCUGCACAUAGGAUGGGCAAGACCGCUCGUCAACACCAUUUCCAAGUUCGACGCCGGAAUCAGGGCGCAAGUGGUCAUCGAGUGCUACGACGCCGAGGCUCGACAAGAUGAGGAGAGGUCGCAGAAGCGCGAGACCAGUCCCGAAGAGGCCCUGAAUAACAAUAACAACAACAACAAUAAUUACUGUAAAACGAAGGAAAGGGGUAACGCGGCUCGGGAUUUGAUCAAGAGCUUGGAGUCGAAGGUGCCGGCUAAUCCUGCACCCAUGCACCCCAGCAUCCAGGCUUUGACCGCCGCCUGCAGUGAAAAGAUCCUGAACAGGGACUAUUUGCUGCAAGGGGACGGGGAGCCCUUCGUGGCUCCUCCGGAGGACGACCUCCCUCCGGCGCCGUCCACGUCCCAAGAAGACCUGGACCCGGAAGUCGAGUCCGAGUCGGAGAGCGACAGGCCACGGAUCACGCUCUACAGCCAGAAGAUGAAAGGAUUGAAGGAUCUUUUAUUGGCGGAGAAGCUCAACACUCACGCGAUAUCGCUACAGCUGACAGCCCAGAGCCAGGUACAAAUCGGUAAGAAGUCGCGCGGCGGCGACGAGGUCGGAGUCAGUCAGCGUCCUAAAAGGACGCGGCGGGAAUAGCAUAAGGUCUUCGACUGCCGUUUCGGCAUAGUCAAGUAUUGAGCGGACGCCGUCUCGCCUUCCGUUCCCAUAAAAGAUCCAUUUCUCGAGGACGAGCCGGUACCCUGCAUGCGGUCUAAGUUCCAAUUCAAGGGUUAUUCCCGAUUCAAGGUUGCGCACUUGAGUAGUACAGGCGUUGAACGAGCAAGGCUCCGCAGUGCAUGGGUCAGGUUCUAUCUGUUUUAAUUUUUAUUCCCUCCGGUGCUGGUCGUUCGCCAUUGUACCGCGUUUGAUGGUACGGUUCGUACGGUACAAUGGAACCAGAGUAAACUCGCUCGAGUACUGCGUACUACUACGUGCUACUCGAGCGAGCAUUAUGACAUAAAAGGAGAUGGGCUAACGGCACCACGCUUUUGCGUGGAGCUUUCUAUGAAUGUUUCGUUGUUUUAGAAAAUACCCUGCAGGGAAGCGAGUCGUAACAGUGAUAACUGUUUACGAUCUUAUUUAUUUUGGGUAUGAACGAGAUUUCAAAGAUCAGUCUACAGUCGGUAUUAUUUUAUACAGAGCGCAGGAAAUGCUUUGUUGGGGAUAGGGAAUGACGUUGCUCGCACGGAACGAUGUCUCCAAAUGACUGCUAUCUCACAGGACGGUCUUCGCUAAUUCGAUUCGUUAGCCCACCUUCCGAUCCUACAACGUGCCCAGUAUAGACCAGGAUGAAGCCUACGUCUCGGUGACAUAGUAAGGCGAUAUUAUCGUUAGAAGUAUGUUAAACAAGUACGAAGUAAAGUUUGUAGAAGAGUACAAAAAGGUUUUCUCGUAUUUAAGUUAUGAAUCAUGGCGUAGAUCGUGGGCAUUUUCGAGUGUCUUAAGUGUAGGGUUCUCUAUCUCGAAUUUCGGUGUGUCAACUUGUUAAAGAUGAGCAAUCACCGUGAUGGAUUGGAAAUGAGCGUAAUUAUUAAUUAACGAUGUAUUUUUCUUAUUCUUUUUAUCUAUGCCUUGUCGAUAUCACGACGUUAAAUUAUGCCCUGUAUUUAUGAUUAUUUAAUCGACGCGGAUGAGCGUUUUGAUCGUUUUUUAUAUCUCGACAUUCAAGACUUUUGUUAAGACGCGGUAGCGAAAUCUCGAUGCUAGAAAUUAGAGGGAAAAAUCAAUUGCAUCGAGCGUUUGCUCGAGACAAUGUACCUUUUAUGUAUGUUCUGCAAAUUGUAAAUGUUGGCAGUCGUAGUCAGACCCAGCCCAUGAUUCUACGCUUAUCUGAAUCGUCCCUUGUUGCACUCUCUUGCUUAUUUAUUGAUCCACGAGAUAAUCGUUGAUAGAUUCUCUUUCCCUAUGCACGGUAGUUGAACUUAUCGUUUUAGAAAUGACGCUUUUACGAUUCUAGUUAAGUGAAACCGUAAACAUUCCACUCCGUAGGUGGUGCAAACUAAUUAGGGUCUUUUUUUUUUUCUCUCUCUCUCUCUAGAUAAGAUAUAUCUUAAGCAUCAAAUGCUCGCUUAUUUUUAUAACUAUUUAUUUUGUUUGUUCGGAUUAAUUCUUAAACGUGUAUUUAUAUAGGUCCUACCUGAUUUCCUUUGGCUACUCCACGCGAACGCUUUUCCUCCUCUCACGCGCGGACUGAGAAUCAAUGGGUAACGAUCGAUUUCAAUUUCUAUGGGUUUCAUCACAUUAGUCAGCCAACCGCGGUAGAUCUUUUCUGUUCUCCUUUUGUAUUUUAUAUUUUUUUUUUAUCCUACGGAAACACGCUUAAGAGGAUAACGAAGUAACGGGUCUAACCGGGUCAAUCCUCUCUUUGGGAUUGCCGUUGUUUAUAAUGGUCGCGGACUUGCGAACGACCGACAAUGGGAGACCCUCUUGUAGUCUCCUUCGGUUUUAUCCAAUUAAUUGAUAACGACUCUCACGUAGAGACACCUCCAUUACCUCCCUCGGGCGGUCGUUGAGUCCUUUCCUCCCCCGAGCCCACCCUCCCGAUUGAUUACCUCACGAGUUUUUGCAAACGGAGCACCAGGAGUUGGAACGGCCUCGCAAUUGGGUCGACGGAAUUGGACGCUUCCCUUUUCUUUUUUUUCUUUUUUUUUUUCAACGGCAGACUCUUUAAUCGAACUCUCCGAUCAGUUUCUAAACUAAUGCACCGAGCGGGGAAUUGCAAUUGGUGAAAACCGUUCGAUUCCCUCGACGGGAUUCCGAGGUCGUCCCAACCGCUGUUGCGGUACUCAGUACGUAAAUUACGCCUAACUAGGGUGUCGAAGUCUUGAUAAUGUUAGACGGGUUGUUGUAGGGUAGGUUUGUUGAUGGAAAUUAAUAUAAUGAAGGGAAAGGAGAAUUGAGAUUGAGAAAAGAGGAUCUGCGGCGAGAUCGACACGGAUUUCACGUAACAAUUGAAGGGCGCUAUCUUACUGUGAUGCUGAAGAUAUACUAUAUACAAUAUUAUACGCUAUAAACUAUUAGUAGGUCGUAGUUGAUAAUCGUAACGACAAUGGAAGGCGCGGACUUAGCGAGUAGUUGGAGAAGAAUUCUCGCUUGCCGAUGAAACUGAUUCUCGGUACUACGUGUACACUCGUUAUCGCUGGUGGUAUGCAAAUGUCCCUUGCCACGCGCUGAAUCUCCUUUAAGUCGAGGGACUUUUAGAUUUUCUUUUUCUCCCGUGUACCGAGAGUUGUAAUGGAAAUUUGUAACCGGUAACGGCGUGGACGAGCCGGGCAGGAAAGGAGUGAAUUUUUUGCUCGGUUCGUUCGCCAUUCCUUGUCAAAUUCUGUGACGUUUUCUUCUCUCUCCGCUCGCGAGCACCUCUAACUAAUGAUAGUCUUAACGAACGACCGUAGAAACGAUGUGUGUCGUAUUAGAUGGGAUAUGUCAAACUGGUGGAGCCAGAUAUUUCCCCUUGCGUAUCCUCGUCGCGGCCUGGAUAACUAAUUUAUGUCGGCCCAGGAUAUGUCCGUCGAGCUACAACUUUGUCUUGCCAUUUUGGCGGUGUCGACGUAAGCGCCACGUAACGUUCGCCUGGCAAAUUGUUCCGGAAAGUGGGAAGUUCCAGCGAAUGGCUUUCCGGAUGUUCACCGCGAAUUUAUUUUUAUCCGUCGGCCCGAUGUGCAUAAUUACCUGGAUAACAUUUUUAAAGGGACGCGAUACACCCUCGUGGCCACCCGAUUGAGAUCGCUCCGUAUUAUAAUAAGUAUUGGAAGAAAAAUAUUUUAUCACUGUAACGUCCUCGUGAUGCUGCUCUAAUUUAUUACCAUUCUUAUGGGAUUGUACAGUGACGUUGUUAGUAUUCAAACAGUAUUCGAGGAUCGUUUAUGGGUGGCAGAUCUGGGCUGCUUCGAAGCGAAAAUCUUGUAGAUUUAGGCAAAAAUUUGUGCGGUUCGAGAGGCAUUGUUAACUUUUUUCAAGUACUUCUUUAAGACUACGCGGAUAUAUCGCAAACUUUGAAUUAACUCCGAGAACGAGGACCCCCGUCCAACGAGACACCUCACAUUCUCCUGUAUUAUAUAUAUUUGAUGAUAAUAAUUUAUACGCGCGCAUGAAAUUUGUAUAUAUAUAAGUUGCAAAUUAUAGGAUAUAUAGUAUAUUUAUUUAUACGGAAAACGCGAAUGGUCCUUUCGCUCGACGAGAGUCUUGUAUGCCUCGGAAUUAAUUCAAGGUACAGGGUCUUCAAUCGAAGGAGCAAUUUAUAAGUUGAUCAUUGCAAUAACGAACGAAUCGAUUAUUUAUCGUCACUUACUAAAUCUAUUUUAAAGUCGAGCCGUUACGUUGUGGCAACUCUCUUGUUAAAUGAAAGGUAAAAAUAUUACCUAGAUAAUUACGCUCUUGCUUGAGGUGAAAUAGUCACUUUCAGUAUUUUUCGUCGCGGAGUCGUUAUUAAAUGCACGCGAUCGCGGAGGCAUUACGUGUCCGUGUUAACAAUGUUACGGACAGUCAUAUUAACGAAGCAGUAUUUCAUUUAAUAACGAGUCACCGACACUCUGCAGUCCGCUAUUUAAUUUCGCGUCGGGCGAACUUUUAAUGGAAUUUGAGCAUUGCAAAAUAUUGCCUUACAUGCAAAUUAAUUUUUAUUUUUUUUUUAUUUUCGGACGAUACGUUGCGAUUACGUGUACGAGACCGAUGUGAAUUACCUUGCCUUAGUUUCUUGGGCAUCGAUAUUAUUAGUGAUCGUAAAUUCCGCUUUAGUCGUUAAGCGGGCUUACUUGCGUUUGGGUCCACCCUUUCUACGUCUUGGUGGAGACAUUAAUUUAUUUUAUUGAUAAACUGCUUUUUUUUUUUCUUAACACCCUCGGCUUCGCGAUCAUCACCAUGGAUGAUAUCCAUCACAUAUUACCCUCCAUUCGCAUCUUUUUUUUUCUUUUUUUUUUUCAUUCCCUUCGAUCUGAUAUUUUUCUCUUACCUUUCUCGGUGAUCUUGAAGUGUACAUAGAUGAAGUUGGUAGACUCGGCCUUAAGGCAAGAAUCUCCAGACCCUGUGAGUCCCCUUAGAAGGCAUUUCUCGUUGAUCCGACCCCGAUGAGCCUUUCCUGGUACGGCAUAACGCGUCUAAUAUACACUGUUGUAUAUUAAAGAUAUAUUUAAUACAAAUAUAAUGUUGUACAUUAACUCUAUACAUAUUUAUAUUUUACACGACUGUCUGCUUAUCGAGAUGCUCAUACUUUACCGGUAGUUUCCUGAUGAACAGUGCGUUUAGUCGUCUGCUUGGUUGCUCGAUUCGGAACGGCUUUCCUUUGAUCUGCAAUUUAGCACGAAAAGUACGAUUGGUUACGAUAAGAUUACUUUACGAUCGAGACGUCGUAUUCGAUGUUAUCCGUACACGUUUAGCUCCAAGUCUUCGUGCUUAAUCCGGUGAGCAUAAUCCACGUAUCACCUUUAAUCAAAUCGAAAAUCCAACUUCCAUGGGGGCAUAUGUAAAACUAGACAUGUAAGAAGCUACUAGUGAUGUAAGGAGGAGGAGGAUGAAAAAAUGAUGGAAACCGUUUUACGCCGUAAGGCGGACAUACUUAAUGUACUUACGACGAAGAGAAAAAAGAAAAACGGCUUGGCUGCGAGCUGUAGCACCAGUGAUACGUUAUAACGAUAAUUAUGUUAACUUUUAAACACCCGACGACAGUCUAUUCGUACUCGAACGCGUAAUAUAGAUAUACUCGAUUCUGGUUCGAAGGGGGAAAAAAAAGAAAAAUUAUAUACGGAACCAUUUCCGACUUUGAGGGCAAUUAUAGUGUUGUAUACCGGAGGUUCGGCGUGCUCCGUAAAGGUGAUCAUGAUUAAGAUCGACGGGAAGUAAAUCCUUCUCUCGUGACGGAACGAAGAAUAGACGUAACGCGUAAUGGAGUUUCGAGUUAUUCGUGGGCAUGAAUUACAACGCGCGCAUUAGAGCUUUUUUUUUUUCCUAGAGAAUAUAUCCAAGUAAGAGGACUCGUUCGGAUUAUUUCCAUUUCAGAAGCAGUGAUUACGGGCAAGAGGUAAAUCUAUAUCCGAGAUCUUAUUACACGUCACGUCUACCCGCGGCUCGCCUCGACGUUGGCUCGAAAUUGCAGUUUAAAUUGUAAAUUAUAAGUUCCAAGUAGACGGGAAUAAUUGUAUAAAUUCUGUAUAGUGCGUCCUUUUGUAAUAUCGGAUAUAUUAUAUAACGGAUUGUAUUUAUUUUUAUGAGACCGCGCGCGCGCUCUAGCACCUCGAUUGUUGGAUUAAAUUGUACCUUUACGUGUAUUCCUCGUCGCCUAAACCGAUCCUGGUGCUAAGUGUAUAUUGUACAUUGUAUAAAUAUAGGACCUCAUUUUAUCUUGUGUAAAAGGUACUUCUCAAGGCGACGAAUCGUUUCGGUAGGUGAUGGCGGCACUUUGAUGGGAAGAAAAGAAGGAAAGAAAAAGAAGCGAAGGAAUGCGUUGUUUAGGGCGGACAUCGCGCUGGAUGAGGUACGAACGUUCGGCUUCGGUCUUGGCUAUUUACUGUCGUUGAUUCGAUUUGGCAAUUUCGGAGUGGAAAAGCAUGCGAGAGGGAAACGUCCCUGACGAGGAAUCCUUCGCGUCGAUCCACCUGGUUCGGGCUCGCAACCUAAAAUCUUUCGUUCCGUUUAGUUUCCCGGUGGUCUCGAGUAGGAUGUAAUUGCAGUUAAUUGUUAACUGACAGAACAGUGAGUUGUAUAAGACAUCGAGAGAAUGUCUUGUUUUUUCUGUGGAUUACAAUAAACUAUUUUUAUUCUA